CCAAGAGGAGACCCCCUUCCUCAUUUUCGGUGAGCCGUUGCCACCCCCGAGUGGGACGAGCCUUCCCCCACCUGGGCUUGCUCCACUGUUUGGGGCUAUUAGCCCCCUCCCUUCUUUUUUCCCAUUGGUGAGCCGGUCUGGAAGGCAGCGUGAACAAAGCAGCGAGAGAGGAGAGGAGAGGAGAGGAGAGCAUUUGAAAGAGUGAAAGAACUGACACCCGCACUCGCUCGCUCGCUCACACCGUCGCCCGGACAACCAGCCGUAGAGGAGGGGGAAGAGGGAAAAGGAAGAGAAAAUAGAAACGUAGGGGGAAAGGUUUUUUGAUUCUCUGAGUCAGCUCCUUGGAAAUCCUAGCUAACAGAACUCAAAGUGCCGUCUCUGCUCCUCGUGGACCAACCAGUGAAGACAAGACUCACGACUACAAGGAGAGUCGAGUUCCCAUCAAAGAAUUGGGUUUGGGGAAAGCCAAGGCACCCGCGUGUGUGCAACAAAGAAAGAGGUACUGGACUGGACAUCACCGGCAGCUUAACUCCUCUCCUGGGCACAGGGGUGGCGAUGGAGUCCGACGACGAGCCCUUGUUGCUGCAGGCAGACUGGGACCUUGAGGAGGACGAAGGGCAAGAGGAAGAAGAAGAGGGGAACGAAGAGGCGGGAGGGCAGUGCGGUGCCACUGCUGAGGACGAUGGGAUUGGCGGUGUGUGGGGGGCAGUAGGCUGGGUGUACACUCAGCCCUGGGUGAGCGCGGUGGUUCUGGGAGUUGGAGUUCUGCUGCCCUGCGUCCUCUCAGUCUUCAUGUUCCUGUACUGCUCUCCCUUAGACAUCGACCUGUCCUACAGCGCCUUUGAAGUGCGCAGCCACUCCUCUGCCCAGCGCUUUGAUGCUCUCACCAUCGCUCUGAAGACCCAGCUGGGGUCGUGGGACAGGCACAGACGUGACGUGGACGAUUACGCCUCUCGUGGCCUGAGAGACUUACUGCUGGACAGGCUGAGCAAAGCGGGAGGCGGAGCAUCUAAUGUGGGAGGAGCCUAUAAUGAGAGCAGUAUCUCAAAAGCUGUGAAACACUUACUGUUUGAGGGAGAGGAGUUGAACAAAGAAAAUGUUACACUGAACAGUUUAGCAAGAGCCGAAGUGAACACCACAAGUCAGAGGGGUGCAGGGGGAAAGAAUGAGCAAGCUACCGAGAAAGACAGUGUGGUGGGGGAAGAGAAGAGGGAGAAAGGUAGCUAUAUAGCCAAAGAGGGAGAAGAGGAAAAUCCUGAAGCCAGAAAGAUUAGGGGAGAUGAGGAGAGAGGAGAGUCACUGGACAGGGUACCCCGGUCGGUGGGGGGAGCCCCAUACUACUCGUACCUGCAGAGCCAGGCUUUGUGGAGGAUGGAGCUGGUGUUCCUGGCCCAGGGCGGGGGGGACAACAACAUCUUCACCCCGGAACGCCUGCGCACCAUCCACACGGUGGAGCGCCUGGUCAUGCAGCACCCCCAGUUUCAUAAGUUCUGCUGGAAGCCCCUGGAGGUUCUGAGGGACCUCCCCCUGGGGCCUUCCUACUGCUCCCCGCCCAGUUCUCUCCUCUCCUACCUCUUCCCCAGCGAGCGAGGGGGGAAGAUCUACUACGACGGCAUGGGCCCUGAUCUGGCCGACAUCCACGGGGCCCUGAGCCUGGCCAUCACCCACCCGCAGUUCUACUGGUACGUGGACGAGAGCCUGACGCCCGACAACCUGCGCAGCUCCCUCCUGCGCAGCGAGAUCCACUUCGGGGCCCCCCUGCCCUCCUUCUUCUCCCUGCAGGACCGGCCGGAGGAGCAGAGGAGGCGCUUCCGCAGCUUCGUGGUCCAGUACGCCGACAUCCUGGCCCGCCAGUCCACCAGUCAGGUAAAGGUGCUGUACGGGGGUACCGAGCUCUUCGAUGAUGAGGUGAGACGCACCUUCCACAGCGACAUGCUCCUGGCGCUCAUUAGCGGAGGCUGCAUCGCCGCGCUGGUCUACAUCCUGACCUCCUUCUCCGUGUUCUUAACAUUCUUUGGGCUUGCCAGCAUUGGCCUCAGCUGCCUCAUGGCCCUUUUCUUGUACCACGUGGUGUUUGGCAUUCCCUACCUGGGCAUCCUUAAUGGAGUGGCAGCCUUCGUCAUCAUUGGCAUUGGUGUGGAUGAUGUGUUUGUGUUCAUCAGCACCUUCAGACAGGCCUUUCAUCUGGUGAAGCCCGAGCAGCGCAUGGUCUACACGGUCAAGACCGCCGGGCGGGCCACCUUCCUGACCUCCUUCACCACCGCCGCCGCCUAUGCGGCCAACACCUUCUCCCAGAUCCCAGCCGUCCACGACUUCGGCCUGUUCAUGGCGCUGAUUGUCAGCUGCUGCUGGCUGUGGGUGUGUCUGCUGAUGCCCGCUGCCCUGUGCGUGUGGAGCCAGUGUGUGGCGCUCCGGGAGAACGGCUGUCUGAAACGGUGUCAUUCUCUCCCAGAAAUGUCCAUCAACCACACCCCCUUGUCAGACCAGGAUGAUGACAUCGCUCUUCUGUCAGUUGAAAUUCAGUCAGGUUCCUGUAGUCCUGAUAAUGAUGCCCCCCUGCUGUCUCUGGCUGUGGAGGCCCCUCCUCCCCUCUCUGGGCAGGGUGGAACAGGAGUAGUCAGUGCUGGUCUACAGGGAGUACUGCAGCACUGGGUAGUGGAACCAGUGGUGGAGAAACGCAGAAUCAUUGUAGCUCUCUAUGUGCUCGUUCUGCUGAUGUCGGCCGGAUUCUGCUACCUGCUGCGUCCAGCGAGUCACGCCCCACUGCUGUUCCGGUCGGACACUAACCUUCAGACCCUGCUAGAGCUGCGCAGCAAUCUGAGCGCCCAAGGCAUCUCCUGUCACAUGUGCUCCGGUUUGUUCAUGGAGAAGCCCCACUCCCUGCGCAGUACCACCCACCCCUGCCCCUCCGUAUCUGGGAGUCCUCCCCAGCAACAUCCCUCGCACCCGUCAAGUUUAGCCUCACACAGCUCGGCCAAACCAAUCUCCACAGCCGCUCAAACAGACCUUCUGCUCACAGUGUACGUGUCCAAGCUGGAUGUGGGUGCAGCCAUCACUCUGUACCGCUUCUCUCUAAAUGCUAGUGUGCCUUCACCCUGGAAAGCCCUGUCCCCGGGGAAUGGAGAAGUACCUUCCUUCCAGGCAUUCAGCAGACCUCACAGGAACUUCAGCACACGCAUGACGGUGUGCGUGUCCCACGCCGCCCACCCCCACCCGCGCUGGAUGAUCACCUCGCGGUCAUGUGACCCCCGCGACGGCUGGAGGUCGGAGUUCAGCUUCUACGUGGCGUCGGCGGAGCAGCAACACAGCAGGAAGCUGUACUUUGCCCAGCUGAGACACAGCCCUUAUCCCAGCCGAGUGUGUGCGUCUCCCCCCGGCUGCAUUAUUAGCGCUGGCCCUGAUGGACCCACCCAGGGUGCUUUCUACACUCCACUUCCUGCAGACCCAGCGCAGGCUACGAGUUCAAGAACCUCAGGCUUCAACCCGUGCAGAGGUGGGGUUUGCGGGCAGCCCGCAGUGCGCCCCCUGGUGGACACUGGGGCCAUGGUGUUUGUUGUGUUCGGGAUCCUGGGCGUCAAUCGCACAAACCACAAAGAUAACCACGUCAUCGGGGACAUGGGCAGCGUCAUCUACGACCCAAACUUUGACCUCUUUAAAGAGAUUGGGCACCUCUGCCAGCUGUGCAAAGCCAUCAGCGCCAACACACGUUUAGUCAAGCCUGGAGGAGCCCAAUGCCUACCCUCAGGAAACAGCCUCUCUUCCCUCCUGCCUCUGCUCCACCCAGAGUGCCAGUCUCUCCCUCAGCCUAACCUGUUGCCCGGGCAGCUAUCCCAUGGAGCAGUGGGCAUGCAGGGAGGAACAGUGCGCUGGCUGUCUAUGGCUUUUGAAUCCACCACCUACAAGGGGAAGUCCUCCUUCGAGACGCACUCCGACUUCCUCCAAUGGGAGUCCUUCCUGCAGCAGCAGCUCUCGGCCCUCCCUCAGUCAUCCGCCCUACGUCGAGGCUUUCAGACCUGUGAGCACUGGAAGCAAAUCUUCAUGGAGAUCCUAGGUGUUGAGAGCGCCCUCUACAGCCUUCUGCUGUCCUUGGCCAUCUGCAUAGCCGCUGUGUCUAUUUUCACUGCUCACCCACUCCUGCUUCUGCCCAUUCUCCUUACUAUCCUGGGCGUCAUUUGCCUGGUUGUGGCAGUGAUGUACUGGCUGGGCUGGGAGAUGGGGGCGGUGGAGGCCAUCUCUCUGUCCAUUCUGGUGGGCUCGUCUGUGGACUACUGCUUGCACCUGGUGGAGGGGUUCCUGCUCGCUGGGGAAACGGGUCCCCGGAUGCCCAGUCGCACGGCACCUUCCCAGGAUGCCUCUGGCCUGCGUCAAUGGAGGACCUUAGUCGCCGUGGACCACGUCGGCGUGGCGAUAGUCUCCAGCGCUCUCACCACAGUGAUUUCCACGGUGCCGCUCUUCUUCUGCGUCAUCGUGCCCUUCGCCAAGUUCGGCCAGAUCGUGGCCAUCAACACGGCAGUCUCCAUCCUCUUCACCCUCACCGUUACCGCCGCCCUGCUGGCCACGAUGGGACCGGCUCACUUCAGCCGGCCCCCUGGCGCGGUGCUAAAAGCCUGCCUCGCCGUGCUGGGGACAGUGGCCUUCGGGGUGGCGCUGUACUGGGUCGCCGGGCGACUGGUGGGCCCCAUGCCUUGGCUCACGGUCACCACAUAGCGACAGACCCGCCACGCCUGACCGCCGCGGUCACGGUUUCCUGUUCUGCCGUGCGCACCCAGCGUUCGUUUAAGUUUCGUUCUGAUGUUGCGUGAUGCUGCGUUCAAGGUUUCAGGUGCAGCAAGUGAAAAAAAAAAAAACAAUUUUAAGGACACAAAUCGAUACAGAUAUUUUUAUAUUUGAGUAUGGUAGCAGUAUAUAUAAAGAUGAUAUCAAGGUUGGUAGAAUCAAGACAGCCCACGUCAAAUAACAUGAAUUCAGUCAGUAGGCCUCAGAAGAAGGGAAAAAAAAACUGUCACUGGAAAAACCAAGGGAAACUCAGAUGGGUGUUGCCAGGUAACAUAAAUCCUUUAUUGCUCUUUCUCUCUCAGGAUGUCAGUGGCUAUGCUUUGAGCCCCUGUCCUUAUCGCUGCUGUUGUGGAUCUCUACUCUGGCAGACUCCCUCUUUGCACUUUGAUGUGCAAAAAAGCCAACUGUUUUUAAUUGCCAAACGAGCAAGUUCAAACAAGGUCUCUCUAUCUGAUCAUAGACAGUCUGAGACUCUUUCAUUUGCUUGCAAUCCCUUCACAGUGCCCUCUGACCUGAUCAAAGAACCACUAGAACUUUCUGACCACGGAGAAGCCAGCACAUCUGCAACUAGAAAAUACAAUGUAUUAUUAAAUACACGGAAAAGGGACAUGAAUAAAAUGUCACUGGAAAGGUGCCAUGCGUCUCAUCACAAGAACGACACUGGCACAGUGUUUCCUUCGUCGUGAUACAAGAUACUGGGUGGUUGGUAUUGUGCAUGCACCAGCAUCGUUCCCUGAUGACAGCUACUCUCUCUAAAAACAAACAGAUGCUCUGUGGCCAGAAGAGAUAGACUAUGAAAAAAAAACUGCUAACACGGUGCUUGGGGGAUGGAGGUAUCGAAGAUAAGCCUUGGUGAUCAAGACUUGAAAACAAGUCGCACAAAAAAUGAAAAAUCAGCCCUCGCUGGACUGCAACACCACAUUCCACCUGAAGAGGAAGGGUCACGACUCAUUGUUGGCACGUAAACAUCGACAGCUUGCAUCUUUCAUUUUCAUCUGGUGAUUCUCGACAAUGACGGUUUACAUACGGUAAAGUCAAAUGUUUACAGGACACAUUAGAAUGUUUCAAGAGAAGUAAAGAUGUCUAUUUAUUGGCCGCAGCUUGAUGGUAUUCUUCUUUCACCUCCGUGUAUUAUAUUUCUAAAAGAGCAUGGUACGUUGAACAUUCUGAGAAGGGUUUCUGUUACUUCUCUGAUCAUCUUCGUUUCAAAGAACGUUGUGUGAUUUGUAUUGAUUUAUGUCUGUUUGAUGGUAGUAUGGAAUGACGGGGAGCUGGGCUUGUGAGGAAGAGGUUGCAUGUCUAAGUCUUACAUGGAAAACUGCCGUCGUACACUUGAACGAUGAACCAAGCGUCCUCAGUAAACUUUCAGGUAAAUCCAGUAAAUGGACGACAUGUGAAAUGUAUCGGAUGUACAUCGUCAUGGGUACGAGCACCUGCCACGCUACUGUAAUUGUACUCGCAUUCGUCAAACUUCCCUGUAAUCCUCUUAUUUCAGGAAUUUGGGGCCGAGUGCGGACGUGUAGAUAGAAAUCUCCUGCUUGGUCUUGUAAGGUCCUGUGGUGCCUUGCUUUUUACGAUUGUGUAGCGGCAUCCUGCAGCAGCAAGCGCCGAACAGAUCUGCUCAGCCAUGUUUUCCGGCUUCUUUACUCCAUUUCUCCUAGUACCACAAUUAGCCGCUUAGCCCCCUUUAAACAAAUGAUUCAGACAUGAUGCAAGCACUUAACACCCUCUCAGACAGACACCCUCAUCCUCCUCCUCUUGCUACUUCACAGUGCUCACAGUAAUUCACCGAGCUCCUUAUGCUGAUGAGGUUAACACACAAGAACAGCCCCCUAGACUGACACUAUCCAUGAGUCCAUCUUUCUUGCCCUUGCCAUCUUCAGGAUAAUUACAUUUCUGUUGAGAUAUUAAAAUCAAUCAAGGGGCUUUGCGGGAAAGGUUUUUAAUUGCCGUUAUUAUAAUGUGUGAUGUUUUUAAAUUGGUGGUGGUGUGUAAUAAAAUGAAACUAUGAAAAGGAUAAGAGAAAAUGGUAAUAUCUGAUCUUUCCAACGGCAGGUCACGUGCAGAAAGGUCUAUUAAUGGUUGUUUAAGUGAACUUAACCGAGGUCUUUCAUAAAUCUCGCAAUAAAAAUGUGAGUAAGAGCACCAUCAGAUAAA